AUGUAUUCCCCAAGCAGCUCUUCGGAGGACAACUGGUCCAACACCCAAGGCUCCGACGAGCAGUACAAAUACGCUGAUAUCGUAGCAAUGCGCAGAAGCCUACUUGCAGAUUCUCUACCUCUGCCUUGGACUACAGCCCGCCGUUCCCUGCCAUCGCCCAUCGGCAGUGAGCGAGGCACUUCUCCACAUCUCACCCACCAGGACCAUAUCAACAAUGUCACCAGCUUUCCAGUCUCCGAGGAGCCUGUGCAACAACGUCGAGUGGAUCUUCCGUGGCGGCCGCGCCGUCAGCCGCAAGCUGUCAUGCCCCCUAUUCGACAACUCCCGACUCCCCCACCCGGAAGCCCCACGAACUACAAGGGCGACCUGAGCUUGCCGUCGAACCAGUCUGCAGACAUACCCGACUCUCAGAACGUAUCGGUAUACAUCGUCAACCUUCCCCCGUAUUGUAACGAGCACAUCCUCCUAGGAGCUAUCCGCGGGAUCGGCAAAAUCUUCGCCUGCAACGUCAACUCACCCGAUGAGACUCACUCGACAGCCGCGGGCAAGGUCGUCUUCUGGGACCGUGCCGCCACCGACCGUUUCCUCGACAAGGCCGCGCGGGGCCAAUUCCAGAUCGGCAACUACCUUCCGGAGGUGAAGAUGAACCGGAUCCGCGUCGCUGCACAGACGCCCAGUAACAAAUCGCGAGUCCUACAAAUCGACGGACCGCGCGCCAUUGCCAACCAGGCCUAUCUCGAGCGACUGUUUCGUGCCCACUUCAAGUACGACCUCGACGAGGUCGUCACGGUGUCGCAGAACAGAGAUAACGGACGCACCUGCCUGCGAAUUUACUUCGCGUCCUUUCGCUGCCAGGCUGCGGCGGGAUUCAAGGUGUGCUCGCAGGCCCGCAUGGGUAGCUUUGAUUACACGGCUGGUAUGGACGAGCACGAGGGGGACAUGUGGCGCAACACGCAGGUGCACUGGGGCCCGGAUCCGUGCGCGAUCGAUGUUCCCGAUAUCGAGGCGCGCCCGAAGUCUGCUUCAUCGAACUGGAGAGCUCGUCGGGCCUAG